ACGCCACAGUCCGUUCUCUGAGGCUGGUAUUACUCACAGCCUGUAUGCUGCAGAAGUGGAGAGAGGCAAGCUUUUCUCUCUACGCAAACACUAGUAAGGACACAGCGGUUCACACACGCAUUAUUUGGUCAUGUGACUGGAGCUCUGACAGCGAGUACUUUGUGACGUCAAGUCGAGAAAAGAAGGUAAUCAUCUGGGGUCAUCAUGUUUCUGGAGUCAGUGUCGGUGAAUGUGAAGGUGAAAGCGUGACCCCCUGCUCCUCUGUUCUGGAUGUCGGAGAUUCAGCUACUGCUGUGUCAAUCUGCCAAUAUCUCUGUUCAGACCAGAGUUUUUUGCUGGCUGUAGGUCUAGAAAAUGGGAAGAUUGUGCUGUAUAAAUGGAGGCCAUUAGAGGAUUUGUCUUCUGGAUCAGACUGGAGCAAAUGUGGAGAAACCGAUACUUGGUAUCCUUUUUCCUGCUCAUAUUCUCCACUCUUUUAUAAUCCUGAAAUGGUGAGUUUGAAAACAUCAUUGUACUCUAGCUGGGAGGUGUGAUUGAUAGGCCUGCACAGAAUCUGCACCCACAUAACUACAACUAAGAACUUGUGAAAU